UCAGAACACUAAACCCUGGAACAAAAGCAUAGGGUUUUAGCAAGAAAAGAAGCUCACAAAAAUAUCAAUCAAUGGGGACUAAGAAUAAAGGUACCAUUUUUACUCUUUCUUUAUAACAACCUUUUUGUUUUACAUUCUAGUUCAUAUAUUUUUUUUUUUUUUGUGGGGUUUGUUAGCAUCGAAGAAAUUGAAGAAAAAAUCAUCUGGGGUUGAAGAAAAUACAGAUGAAAUAAUGCCCAAAUCAUCUUCAAAGCAAAAUGCUGGAGGACAUGUGGAGGAAUUGAAAAGACUCCAAGAAAAGGAUCCUGAGUUCUAUCAAUUCUUGCAAGAGCAUGACAAGGAGCUCCUUGAGUUUGAUGAUGAUGAGGAUAUUGAUGAUGAUGCUGAGACUGAAAUGGAUGGCGACGAAAUGGAAGAAGAUGAUGAAGCUGAUGAAUUUGACACUGAACAACUCGUUCAUGCAGAUGGAAAGGAGGUCAAAUCGGCCACAAAUGUCAUCACUAGUGCAAUGGUGGACUCUUGGUGCAGUUCAAUUCAUGAAAAUAGAAGUUCGGGGGCUAUCAGGUCUCUCAUGAGAGCUUUCCGCACAGCUUGUCAUUAUGGCGAUGAUACUGGUGAAGAUGCUAAGUCAAAGUGGAGUACUAUGUCUAGCGCUGUGUUCAACAAGAUAAUGUUAUUUGUUCUAAAAGAAAUGGAUGGAAUUCUUCGUGGCCUGUUGAAGUUACCAACUUCUGGUGGGAAGAAGGAGAUGAUAAAGGAUAUGUCCAAUACUAAGCGGUGGAAGAGCAACAACCACUUGGUGAAAUCAUAUCUUGGGAAUGCGCUACAUGUUCUAAAUCAGAUGACUGAUACAGAAAUGAUAUCAUUUACAUUACGAAGACUCAGAUUUUCAUCUGUAUUUUUGGCUGCUUUUCCAGUUCUGUUAAGGAAAUAUAUAAAGGGGUCCUUCAAGUGUUUUCUAUAUCAGGGCUAUGAAACUGAUAUCUGACAGUCGAUGACAUGGCAUUUGGCCCUUGAUCACUUCAAACUGUGCACACUGCUUAUAUCCUAUUAUCACGAACAAAGUUAAUUCGUAUCAGUCUAUCAUGAAAGUCUUAGGAAAGUAUCUUUUGUAAGCAUCGUAUUCUAGUAACAUAGCUCAUAAUCCUUACCUGACCAAAAAAAAAAAAAAAGUAAAUAAGAAACCUUGAGAAUGUGUCUGUUGGCUGGUAGUUACUUAAGAUGCUUAAGAAUUAAGUUAAAAAAUAAUUGCGAAGCACUCUCGUUUUAGACUUCUUUGUUUUUCAGAAU